GCCAAAUUGACUUUUUAUUUAAUUUUUUAAUUGUUCUAGGAAUGAGUGAUUAUCCAGAAGUUCCUCCAAACUCCCCAAACAGCAGAUUUUCUUUUAAUAUAGAAUGUGUACCUUUACCGGAAUUUUCCUUAGAUUUAAAGGAUUUUACAAUACCGAAAGUAAGGGAAAUUGGGGUGAAAGCUACGAUUGACCAUCUAGCUGAAUAUUUUCAAUGCAAGGAGUAUAAAAUAAGCAUGUCGCAAUUUUGGUUUCUGGAUAUUGUUGCAGAAUGUAUUUGGAGGACACAAGACGAAUAUUUUUUUCCAGAAGAGUAUCAAAUUAUUGUUCUUAAAUGGGUGCUUUAUGUUUUUAACUUAAUAAGAGAGAAACCUUUUUUGACGAGAAAAGAAAUAUUCGGAAUUUUCACAGAAACAGUUGCAGCCGCUGAUGAACGUAUACAGUGUGGUCAAAAUUUGGGCCCCCCUGAUGAUUUGUUUCAGCUGCAAAUAAAAGAAGAUUUUGAGAGCGUUGUAUCGACGGUUUCUGUUGAAAGUAUAUCCGGCGCAACUCUUUCUAAAUCGAGCUUGUCUAUGGCCUCGAACUCUUCGAAUAAUCUGAGUUAUGUAGCAUUGGAGUUUGACGAAAAGACAGAGAUUUUUAAGAUACCCAAAGCGGUGUAUAUGAAUGAGCUGGAUUGUUUAUCAAGUGAUAUUGAGACAGUGACGGAAACAGUAAAUAGGAAGGGAAUUUUGGAUGACGUAACUGAAGUGUUAAUGGAAGAUAUGGGGGAAGAAUCAAAGAUGAACGUAGAGAAUUUGGUGGAAUCUUCAGUUAACAUAUCAAUAGAUUCUGAUGAUUCCGAUUUUGAUUUUAACAAAUAUGUUAUGGUAAACGUUUCAAACAAAUCGAGCAAAAACAACAGUUUGGAAUCAGACUGCAAACACUUUGUCAAAACGAUACCAAGCGACAUACGACCCUUGAUAGAAAAAGAGGAGGAGAUCACGAAGGCUUGGUUCGAAUACCACUUGUGGCAGAACCACCUGAACGACAUGGAAUCCGCUUCCAAGGGUUGGUUACCGGAACCAGACGUCGUAGUGGUGGAUGCAGUCGAAGAAUUUAACACGGAGAGUUUCGAGUAUUGGACCAAAUACAUGUCGCAGUUCGAUGUUGUGAGGAGGAGGACGAAUGAAAAGAUUUUUAUUAAUUUGUGUGCCUUGAUGACUAUAAAACAAUUGGUAUUCGAUUAUUUUUAUGAAAGCUUUCAAUUUAUGAUGAUGAGAUUCCUAUUCAAUACUAAACGAUAUGCUACCACUCAAAUUCUGAACGAUUAUUGGUGCGUCCCGAAACGAAUUAAAACCGAAAUGAGGAGACCAGCUAAAAGAAAACCAAAAAAACCGAAAAAACCGAAAAAAAAGAAAAAGAGUAAAAAAAGUAAGAAGAGCAAGAAAAGCAAAAAAAGUAAGAAGAGCAGCAAAAAGAGCAAAAGUAGCAAAAAGAGUAAGAGCAGUAAGAAGAGCAAAAAGAGUAAGGACAAGAAGAAAAAGCUUACGAAGGAAGAAAAGGAGGAGCUGGCGAGAUUGAAAAGGGAACAAGAGGAGCUGGAGGAGAGAAUGCGUUUGGAGGCUGAAAAUAGGGUGUUCAUGUUUCCUUUGGGUGACGCUACAACCGAUGAGUUUUUUCAAAAAAUCUUCCCCAACUGGACCAGACCGGUAGAGAAAAAGAAAAAGAAAAAAGGAAAGGGAAAGGGAAAAGGCAAAAGCAAGAAAGCAAAAAAGAAGUGAAUAAACUUAAUAUUAAAAUAUGGUAUACUUAUUGUUUAUUUAUACAUUAAUAUUAAAU